GGUAGGUAGGUAGGUUGUUGCUAGAUCACACUUUUACUUUACUAAGAACAUCAUCAAAACGACGCCGCCGAACAUGUCUAUUUCUCUUUCUGUUUCUGUUACCUCCGCCGCGGGAAUCUCUCAUUCCCGAUCCCGGCGGCGGUUGACGGUGGCUCUCCGAUCACCUGACACGGUGUCCGUCGGCCCAGCCAGAAUAUUGACCAAACUGAAACACGAAUGCGCCACUCCUCUGCCUCUUCUUCAGCAAGUCGCCACCAACAUGUCAGCCGAAAUGCGUGCCGGGCUUGCCGGCGACGGUGGACCUGGACUUCCCAUGAUACCAACCUUUGUUGACAGUCUCCCAACUGGAAAUGAGAGAGGGUUGUUUUUUGCUUUGGAUCUUGGUGGAACAAACUUCCGUGUGCUGAGGGUGCAGUUGGGUGGUGAAGAUGAACGUGUCAUUGCCACUGAGUUUGAUCAAGUUUCCAUUCCUAAGGAUCUCAUGUUUGCUACAUCUGAGGAGCUGUUUGACUUCAUUGCUUUGGGGCUAGCGAAAUUCGCAGCCAAGGAAGAUGGUAGAUUUCAUUUGCCACCAGGCAGGAAGAGAGAGAUCGGGUUCACGUUUUCGUUUCCUGUGAAGCAGACAUCUAUUGAUUCAGGCAUACUCAUCAAGUGGACCAAGGGUUUUGCAGUAUCUGGAACAGCAGGAAGAGAUGUGGUUGCUUGUCUGAAUGAGGCUAUGGAAAGGCAAGGACUAGAUAUGCGAGUUUCGGCAUUGGUGAAUGAUACUGUGGCGACAUUAGCCGGAGCAGAAUACUGGGACAAUGAUGUCAUGGUUGCUGUCAUUUUGGGUACUGGAACUAAUGCUUGCUAUGUUGAGAAGAUCAGUGCUAUUCCCAAGUUACAGGGCCAUGUCUCUUCUUCUGGGAAAAUGAUCAUCAGUACUGAGUGGGGGGCUUUCUCAAAGGGUCUCCCUUUAACUGAGUUUGAUAGAGAAAUGGAUGCUGCCAGCAUCAAUCCUGGUCAGCAGAUCUUUGAAAAGACAAUCUCAGGAAUGUAUCUAGGUGAAAUUGUGAGAAGAGUGCUGCUGCAAAUGGCUGAAGAAGGAGGUUUGUUUGGAAAAGCAAUCCAACAAAAACUGUCUAUGCCUUUCAUACUCGGGACCCCAGAUCUAUGUUCCAUGCAGCAGGAUAAUUCUGGUGAUUUACAAGCCGUUGGCUCCCUUCUCUAUGAUAAAGCAGGGGUUGAGUCCAACAUAAGUGAUAGAAAAACAGUUUUAGAGGUCUGUGACACUAUUGUGAAGCGUGGUGGAAGCCUAGCUGGUGCAGGAAUUGUGGGGAUUCUGCAGAAAAUGGAAGAGGACUCAAAAGGCCUCAUUUGUGGGAAGAGAACUGUUGUUGCCAUUGAUGGGGGCUUGUAUGAGAACUAUCCUCAAUAUAGAGCUUACUUGGUAGAUUCAGUCAAGGGUCUGCUAGGAACAGAGAAGUCAAACAAUGUGGUGAUAGAGCUUUCAAAAGAUGGAUCUGGCAUUGGGGCUGCACUAUUAGCAGCUUCUAAUUCCAUGUACAAGCAACACUUUUAGUUCAAAUAGUAUUUAAUUAUUGGAACCCUUUCAUUUAAGCACUGGGUUGAAAGUAAGAAAUUGAAGAAGGAAGCCAAAUAUGUGUAAAAUGAACUAAUUAUUGGAACCCUGUAUUAUAUGAAUGUAAGUGUGAAAAGAGAAAAAUAAACAUUUAAAAAAAUGUAAAAAUGAGAAAGAAGGUUAAAUUUCUUCUGAAGUUAAAUGUUUAAGACUUUAAGCAAAA